UGGACGAUUGUGAAGGACACAGAGGCUGAUGGGUUCUCGGACUCCCACAACGCUCUGCGAAUCCUCACGUUCUUGGAGUCCACGUACAUCCCUCCUUCCUACAUCUCCGAGAUGGAGAAGGUGGCCAAGCAGGGGGACACUGUUCUCGUGUCCGGGAUGAAGACGGGGAGCUCCAAACUUAAGGCACGCAUCCAGGAGGCCGUCUACAAGCACGUGCGUCCUGCGGAGGUCAGGCUGCUCAUUCUGGAGAACAUCCUUCUGAAUCCGGCUUACGACGUCUACCUGAUGGUGGGGACCUCCAUUCGCUACAAGGUGCAGAAGAUCAGGCAAGGAAAGAUCACAGAGCUGUCAAUGCCUUCCGAGCAGUAUGAGCUCCAGCUUCAGAACAGCAUCACGAGCCCCGAGGGAGCCACAGGCCAGCCUGUGACCAUCUUGGACCAGGAUACGUCGACAGUCACCGCUGUGCAACUGGGACAGAGCAGCCUGGUCCUGAGCCACAGGAGUAUCCGCAUGCAGGGUGCUUCCAGGUUACCCAACAGCACCAUCUACGUGGUUGAACCCGGAUACCUGGGGUUCACAGUCCAUCCUGGUGACAGGUGGGUGCUGGAGACCGGCCGCCUGUAUGAAGUCACCAUCGAAGUGCUUGACAAGUCCGGCAACAAGGUCUACCUGUCAGACAAUAUUCGCAUUGAAACCGUGCUGCCUCCUGAGUUCUUUGAGGUGCUCACUUCUUCCCAGAAUGGGUCAUACCAUCAUGUCAGGGCAACAAAGAGGGGCCAGACGGCCAUCGAAGCAGCCCUCACCUCCGUGGUAGACCAGGACGGAGGGGUCCACACAUUACGGGUGCCUGUGUGGAACCAGCAGGAGGUAGAAAUUCACGUCCCCAUCACCCUCUAUCCGAGCAUCUUGACGUUUCCGUGGCAACCAAAGACAGGCGCCUAUCAGUACACAAUAAAGGCCCAUGGUGGGAGUGGGAACUUCAGCUGGUCUUCGUCAAGCUAUGUGGUUGCCACUGUCACUGUCAAGGGUGUGAUGACCACAGGCAGUGACACCGGACUCAGUGUGAUCCAGGCGCAUGAUGUGCAGAACCCGCUACAUUUCGGGGAGAUGAAGGUCUAUGUGAUCGAGCCCAGCAGCAUGGAGUUCGCCCCGUGCCAGGUGGAGGCCCGUGUGGGCCAGACCUUGGAGCUGCCCCUGAGGAUCAAUGGCCUUAUUCCUGGCGGGGCCAACGAGGUGGUCACCCUGAGCGACUGCUCCCAUUUUGACUUGGUGAUUGAGGUGGAGAACCAGGGCGUGUUCCAGCCACUUCCAGGGAGGCUGCAGCCAGGGUCUGAGCACUGCAGUGGGGUCAAGGUGAGAGCAGAGGUCCAGGGCUACACCACACUCCUUGUGAGCUACAGACAUGGCCACGUCCACCUGAGUGCCCGGAUCACCAUUGCCGCCUACCUGCCCCUCAAGGCUGUGGAUCCCUCCUCUGUUGCCUUGGUGACCCUUGGCUCCUCAAAGGAGAUGCUGUUUGAAGGAGGUCCCAAACCCUGGGUCCUCGAGCCUUCCAAGUUCUUCCGGAACAUCACCUCCGAGGACACAGACAGCAUUAGCCUGGCUCUCUUUGGGCCCUCUACCUCCCGGAAUUACCAGCAACACUGGAUCCUUGUGACCUGCCAGGCCUUGGGAGAACAGGUCAUCGCCCUCUCGGUGGGGAAUAAGCCUAGCGUCACCAACCCUUUCCCGGCGCUGGAGCCCGCCGUGGUGAAGUUCGUCUGUGCCCCACCCUCCAGGCUCACACUGACCCCCGUCUACGCCAGCCCACAGCUUGACCUGUCGUGUCCGCUGCUGCAGCAGAACAAGCAGGUGGUUCCGGUUUCCAGCCACCGCAACCCCAUGCUGGACCUGGCCGCCUAUGACCAGCAAGGCCGCAGAUUCGACAACUUCAGCUCUCUGAACAUCCAGUGGGAGUCAACCAGGCCCCUGCUGGCCAGCAUCAGGCUGGAGCUGCCCAUGCAGCUAGUGGCCCGGGACGAUGGGAGCGGCCAGAAGAAGCUGCACGGCUUGCAGGCCAUCUCGGUUCAUGAGGCAUCGGGGACCACGGCCAUCUCCGCCACCGCUACUGGCUACCAGCAGUCCCACCUCAGCACGGCCAGAGUGGAGCAGCCGUACGACCCUCUCGUGCCCGUGUCAGCCUCCAUAGAACUCAUCCUGGUAGAGGACGUGAGGGUGAGCCCAGAGGAGGUGACCAUCUACAACCACCCCAGCGUGCAGGCGGAGUUGCACAUCAGAGAAGGCUCGGGCUACUUCUUCCUCAACACCAGCACCAUGGACGUCAUCAAGGUGGUCUACCAGGAGGCCAGGGGCGUGGCCACGGUGUACCCUUUGCUCCCAGGCAUGUCGACCAUCAUGAUCCACGACCUGUGCCUUGCCUUCCCGGCCCCAGCAAAGGUGGAUGUGUACGUCUCAGACAUUCAGGAGCUCUACGUACGCGUGGUGGAUAAGGUGGAGAUUGGGAAGACGGUCAAGGCCUAUGUCCGCGUGCUAGACUUUCACAAGAAGCCUUUCUUGGCCAAAUACUUUGCCUUCAUGGACCUGAAGCUCCGAGCGGCUUCUCAGAUCAUCACGUUGGUGGCCCUCGACGAAGCCCUUGACAACUACACGGCCACGUUCCGCGUCCAUGGUGUGGCCAUUGGCCAGACCAGUCUCACCGCAACGGUGAUGGAUAAAGCUGGACAGCGAAUCAACUCGGCCUCCCAGCAGAUCGAGGUCUUUCCCCCGUUUAGGUUGAUACCCAGGAAGGUGACGCUGAUCAUUGGGGCCAUGAUGCAGAUCACCUCGGAGGGCGGCCCGCAGCCCCAGUCCAAUAUCCUCUUCUCCAUCAGUAACGAGAGCGUUGCCGUGGUGAACAGCGCGGGGCUGGUGCGGGGGCUGGCCGUCGGCAACGGCACUGUGUCUGGGGUCGUGCAGGCUGUGGACGCUGAGACUGGCAAGCUUGUCAUCGUGUCUCAGGACCUCGUGGAGGUGGAGGUGCUGCUUCUCCAGGCGGUGAGGAUCCGAGCCCCCAUCACUCGCAUGAGGACAGGAACCCAGCUUGGCCGAAAUGGGGCACAUGUCCCAUGGGACGAAGGAGACAGUCCGUGCCCUGGGGCUCUGGGGGGCCCUCUCGGCAGUGGGACUCCUGUGGUCACAGGCCUGACUUCUCUCCUGCAGAUGCCUGUUUAUAUCACUGGGAUCACCAACAGUCAGAACCCUUUCUCCUUUGGCAAUGCUGUGCCAGGCCUGACCUUCCACUGGUCUGUCACCAAGCGGGACAUCCUGGACAUCCGGGGGCGACACCACGAGGCUUCACUACAGCUGCCGUCACAGUACAACUUUGCCAUGAAUGUGCAUGGCCGGGUGAAAGGCAGGACCGGGCUGCGGGUGGUGGUCAAGGCUCUGGACCCCGCUGCUGGGCAGCUGCACGGCCUCGCCAAAGAACUCGCCGAUGAGAUCCAAAUCCAGGUAUUCGAGAAGCUGCUGCUGCUGAACCCUGAAAUAGAAGCAGAACAAAUACUAAUGUCACCCAACUCAUUUAUAAAGCUUCAGACAAACAGGGAUGGUGCGGCAUCUGUGAGCUACCGCGUCCUGGGUGGGCCGGAGAAGGUCCCCGUGGUGCAAGUGGAUGAGAAGGGCUUCCUGACGUCUGGGUCUGUGAUUGGGACAUCUACAAUCGAAGUGACUGCCCAAGAGCCUUUCGGGGCCAACCAAACCAUCAUCUUUGCCGUAAAGGUGUCUCCUGUUUCUUACCUGAGGAUCUCCAUGAGCCCUGUCUUGCACACCCACAACAAAGAGGCUCUGGCAGCCCUGCCUUUGGGAAUGACUGUGACCUUCACAGUCCACUUCCACGAUAACUCUGGAGACAUCUUCCAUGCUCACAACUCGGUGCUCAGCUUUGCAACCAACAGAGACGAGUUUGUGCAAAUCGGGAAGGGCGCCACGAACCACACAUGUGUCGUGCGCACCAUCAGCGUCGGCCUGACGCUGCUCAGCGUGUGGGAUGCCGAGCACGUGGGCCUCUCCGACUUCGUCCCGCUGCCUGUCCAACAGGCCAUCUCCCCAGAGCUGUCCGGAGCGCUUGUGGUGGGAGACGUGCUCUGUCUGGCCACAGUCCUGGUCGGCCUGGAAGGCCUCUCUGGAACCUGGAGCUCCUCAGCCAGCAACAUCCUCCAUAUCGACCCGAGGACAGGCGUGGCGGUGGCCCGAGAGGCGGGAUCUGUGACCAUUUACUACGACGUUGCGGGGCACCUGAGGACCUACAAGGAGAUAGCGAUUGGUGUCCCUCAAAGGAUCGUGGCCCGUUCCAUCCGCCCAGGCCAGACCAGCUUCCAGGAGGCCUCCAAGGUGACCGUCACCGUGGGAGACAGAAGCUCUAACCUGAGAGGAGAGUGCUCCCCAGCCCAGAUGGAAGUCAUUGAGACUCUGCGUCCAGAAUCCCUCAUUAGCUGCCAGGUUCAGUUCAAGCAAGACGUCUUCGAUUUCCCAGCACGCAACGUCUUCACAGUGGAGCCAGGAUUUGACGCAACUCUGGGCCGGUACCUCUGCUCGGUCACAAUGCACAGGCUGACGGACAAGCAGCUGAAACAUCUCAGCAUGAAAAAGACGGCACUGCUGGUCACCGCCUCCAUCCCGGGCAGCCAUGCCCCCAGAGAGCAUGUGGGCGCCGAGGUGCCCUUCAGCCCAGGGCUGUACACUGACCAGGCUGAAAUCCUUUUGAGCAACCAUUACACCAGCUCCGAGGUCAAGGUCUUUGGUGCCAUGGAGAUUCUCGAGAACCUGGAGGUGAAAUCGGGGUCCCCAGCCGUGCUGGCGUUUGAGAAGGAGAAGUCUUUGGGGCUCCCCAGCUUCAUCACCUACACCGUCGGCGUCUCAGAUCCCACAGCCGGCAGCCAGGGGCCUCUGUCCACCGCCCUGACCUUCUCCAGUCCCAUGACUAACCAAGCCAUCACCAUCCCGGUCACCGUGGCCUUUGUGAUGGAUCGCCGAGGGCCUGGUCCUCACGGCGCCAGCCUCUUCCAGCACUUCCUGGACUCCUACCAAGUGAUGUUCUUCACGCUUUUCGCCCUGCUGGCUGGGACUGCUGUCAUGAUCAUAGCCUACCACACUGUUUGUGCACCCCGGGAGCUCAACGCACCUCCGGCCCUCUCCCCCCGAGCCAGCCCUCGCCACAGCCCCCACUUCCAGUUGUCCCUGGUGACCCUGUAUAGCUCCAGGGGAUACUUCUGUCUGUGAGAAGUGCAAUGUCCGACCACGACGGUGCGUGGCAGCCCUUACAUCUUCUGUGUUCCGUUGGAGGGUUCUUUCCCCUGAACAGGUGUCUGCUGAGCCCAAGAGGGCAUGGCCAGG